AUGAUUAACGGAGUAAAUGACGGCAGAACUGCAUUACACCUUGCUGCUCAGAAGGGUCACUUUGAUGUCACCAAAUAUCUCAUCAGUCAAGGAGCUGAUGUUAAAACAGAAAGUAAUAACGGUUUCACUGCAUUACACAAAGCUGCCUUCAAUGGUCAUUUUGAUGUCACCAAAUAUCUCAUCAGCCAGGGAGCUGAUGUGAAAGAGGGUGACAAUGACGAUGAAACUGCUUUACACCUUGCUGCCCAGAAGGGUCACCUUGAUGUCACCAAAUAUCUCAUCAGCCAAGGAGCUGAUGUGAAAAGGGAAAGUAAGAACGGUUUCACUGCAUUACACAAAGCUGCCUUCAAUGGUCAUUUUGAUGUCACCAAACAUCUCAUCAGCCAAGGAGCUGAUGUGAAUGAGGGUCAUAAUGACGGUAGAACUGCAUUACACCUUUCUGCUCAGGAGGGUCACCUUGAUGUCAUCAAAUAUAUCAUCAGACAAGGAGCUGAUGUAAAUCAGGAAGAUAAUGACGGUGAAACAGCAUUACACCUAGCUGCCUUCAAUGGUCAUUUUGAUGUCACCAAACAUCUCAUCAGCCAAGGAGCUGAUGUGAAUGAGGGUCAUCAUGACGGUAGAACUGCAUUACACCUUUCUGCUCAGGAGGGUCACCUUGGUAUCACCAAAUAUCUUAUCAGUCAAGAAGCUGAUUUGGAAAAGGAAAGUGAUGUGAAUAACGGAGUUAAUGACGGUAGUACUGCAUUACACCUUGCUGCUAAGGAGGGUCACCUUGAUGUCACCAAAUAUCUCAUCAGUCAAGGAGCUGAUGUGAAAACGGAAAGUAAGAACGGUUUCACUGCAUUACACAAAGCUGCCUUCAAUGGUCAUUUUGAUGUCACCAAAUAUCUCAUCAGCCAGGGAGCUGAUGUGAAAGAGGCUGACAAUGACGAUGAAACUGCAUUACACCUUGCUGCCCAGAAGGGUCACCUUGAUGUCACCAAAUAUCUCAUCAGUCAAGGAGCUGAUGUGAAAAGGGAAAGUAAUAACGGUUUCACUGCAUUAAACAAAGCUGCUUUCAAUGGUCAUUUUGAUGUCACCAAACAUCUCAUCAGCCCAGAAGUUGAGGUGAAUAAGGCAGAUAAUGACGGUGAAACUGCAUUACACAUUGCUGCCCAGCAGAGUCACCUUGAUGUCACCAAAUAUCUCGUCAGUCAAGGAGCUGAUGUGAAAAGGGAAAGUAAUAACGGUUUCACUGCAUUGCACAAAGCUGCCUUCAAUGGUCAUUUUGAUGUCACCAAACAUCUCAUCAGCCAAGGAGCUGAUGUGAAUGAGGGUCAUAAUGACGGUAGAACUGCAUUACACCUUUCUGCUCAGGAGGGUCACCUUGAUGUCAUCAAAUAUAUCAUCAGACAAGGAGCUAAUGUGAAUCAGGAAGAUAAUGACGGUGAAACAGCAUUACACCUAGCUGCCUUCAAUGGUCAUUUUGAUGUCACCAAACAUCUCAUCAGCCAAGGAGCUGAUGUGAAUGAGGGUCAUAAUGACGGUAGAACUGCAUUACACCUUUCUGCUCAGGAGGGUCACCUUGGUGUCACCAAAUAUCUUAUCAGUCAAGAAGCUGAUUUGGAAAAGGAAAGUAACGACGGUUUCACUGCAUUACACCUAGCUGCCUUCAGUGGCCAUCUUGAUGUCACCAAAUAUCUCAUCAGUCUAGGAGCUGAUGUGAUUAAGGAAGAUACCUACGGCAGGACAGCAUUACACGGUGCUUCUCAAAAUGGUCACAUUGAUGUCACCGAAUACCUCAUAGGUCAAGGAGAUGAUAAUGGUCAUUUUGAUGUCAUCAAAUAUCUCGUCGGCCAAGGAGGUGAUGUGAACAAGCAAAAUAACGGCGGUUUCACUGCAUUACACCUUGCUGCCCAGAAGGGUCACCUUGAUGUCACCAAAUAUCUCAUCAGUCAAGGAGCUGAUGUGAAAAGGGAAAGUAAUAACGGUUUCACUGCAUUACACAAAGCUGCCUCCAAUGGUCAUUUUGAUGUUACCAAAUAUCUCAUCAGCCAAGGAGCUGAGGUGAAUAAGGCAGAUAAUGACGGUGAAACUGCAUUACACAUUGCUGCCCAGAAGGGUCACCUUGAUGUCACCAAAUAUCUCAUCAGUCAAGGAGCUGAUGUGAAAAGGGAAAGUAAUAACGGUUUCACUGCAUUGCACAAAGCUGCCUUCAAUGGUCAUUUUGAUGUCACCAAACAUCUCAUCAGCCAAGGAGCUGAUGAGGGUCACCUUGGUGUCACCAAAUAUCUUAUCAGUCAAGAAGCUGAUGUGGAAAAGGAAAGUAACGACGGUUUCACUGCAUUACACCUAGCUGAUUUCAGUGGCCAUCUUGAUGUCACCAAAUAUCUCAUCAGUCUAGGAGCUGAUGUGAUUAAGGAAGAUACCUACGGCAGGACAGCAUUACACGGUGCUUCUCAAAAUGGUCACAUUGAUGUCACCGAAUACCUCAUAAGUCAAGGAGAUGAUCUCGCCCAGAAUGAUUUAACUGAUAUCCAUCUUGCCAUACAACACGGUCAAACCGCCAUCAUUGAGAAGUUAGUUUCUGAGGGAGCCGAUCUCAACGUCCAGUCACCUGAUGGCCAGACGUGUCUCCAUGAAGCCAUUAAACUCUGCUACAAAAGCGUGAAAAUUGUGCAAAUGACUGCCACACUAACAAAGUUGUACCCUCUUCUUCUCUUUGUACUUUUAAGUAUCUCUGAUGAGUAUUACAAGGGCGAACUAUCUCCUGAGAAGGCCUUAGUGUUCUUUCUCCUAGAUAAUGGAGCCAAGUUAGAUGUGAAGGAUGAGAUGGGCAACCUACCAAUCCAGUAUGCCAAGGACGAAGUGAUCAAACAAAUGAUUUUGUCUAGGUGA